UGACCGUUGAAAGCCCGCGAAAUCCUCUCCUCUUUCGGCGUUCGAUAGGAGGGACUUACCUGUCCUGUUCCUCUGGUUUCUCUCCCACGAAAACCAAGGCUUCCAAGAGAAACACCCGAAAAGAAGAAGAGAAAAACCAGUUCUUUCGAAGAAUCUGAUACUGUCAAGAUCAUCACGCCGAUUUCCUUUCCGGGAGUCAGCCGAUGAAUGUUGUGUUGAUGCCGUAGUCGCCGCCAUUUUCCGGGCAUUCUUGAUCGAACUUUGUCUCAGAUAACCCGGGAUUCGAGGUCAGAUUAGGAUUUCAAAGGGAAAAAAAAAUGGUAAAUAUUCGCAUCAAAGAUGACCAAAACCCAGUGGAGUCCCCGAGAGCCGAGGUCGGCGAGAUCGACACCCGAGCUCCAUUUCAAUCUGUUAAGGCUGCUGUGAGUCUAUUUGGCGAGGUAGCAAGCAAGAAGAAGCCGGCCAUCAGGAGGUCAAAAACUUCUUCAGAGAAUGUACUGGACAAGGAGACACAGCUUCUUCUGGCACAAAAAGAACUAAACCGGAUCAAACAGCAGUUGGAAAACGCAGAAACCACAAAAACACGAGCGCUUUCCGAUCUGGGGAAGGCAAACAGAACGGUUCAGGAAUUGACCACCAAGCUCAACUCUGCAAUUGAGUCCAAACAAGCAGCCAUCGAAGCCACCGAGGCCGUGAAACACAAGGCUAAGCAUCUUGAGCGAGUGAAAUCCCAAAACCUCGAGCGGACCAGUUCAUGGAAAAAGGAAUUAGGCACUACGAGGGAUGAGUACAGAAGAGCAGCCACCGAAUUGAAUACCGCUAAGCAAGAGCUCACCAAGAUCAGGCAGGACUUUGAUGCAACUCUAGAAGCCAAAUUGGCCGCUUUCCAACAAGCAGCCGAAGCUCAACGCUCAGCCAAAGUUAACUCGGAGAAAGCUAGUGAAUUGUCUAAGGAAAUCCAGGCAAUGCGCCAAUCCCUCGAUCACCUAAAGGCCACAUCUUUUCAAGCCGAAAAGGAGCAGGCCAAGUUCGUGGAAGAGAAAGAUGCUCGGCUAAAAGCUUGCAAGAUUGCCAAAGAAGAAGUGGAAGAGAAGCUCCCUUCUUUGAAGAAAGAAUUCAAUCCCGCACAGACGAGGAAUCUUGAGCUAAAGCUCGGGGAAACAACUGAAGAGAUUGAGGUUCUACAGAACGAGAUGAAGAAGGUCCACGCUUCCGACAUGGAUUCAGUCAAGGUCAUCACUACGGAGCUUAACGAGGCCACAAAGGCAUUACAAAAUGUUGCCGAAGAAGAGAGCUCCUGUAGAGAGCUGGUGAAUUCUCUCAGGCAAGAACUGGAGGACAUGAAGACAGAGCGUAUCAGUUUGGAAGAACGGGAAGCGGAAUUGCAGAGAACCAUGAAGACCCUUCAAGCCGAAUUGAUUGAACAAAAGCAGGAACUCGAAGCGGCCCCUCAAGAAGAGAUGGAAAAUGAUGCUGCUGACGAACAGACAAUAUCGUUGGCAAUUCAAAAGACUAUGCAGGAAGCAGAAGAGAUGAGGAGAGCGGCUGAAGAGCUCAAGCGUGAAGCCGAAGCAAGCCGUGUUGGGAAAGAGGAGGUGGAGAGGAUGCUAGAGGCAACACUGAAAGAGGCAGAGGUGGCAAAAACAGCAGAGAAGAGGGCGCUCGAUCAGAUUAAGAACCUGAGCGCUAAGGCAGACAUGGUGAGCGCGUCAGACCCUGAUUCCAGCGGCUGGAUCAGAAUGUCGGUACAGGAGUUUGAGUCCUUGAGCAGGAAGGUUGAGGAGUCAGAAAAUUUGGCGGAGAUGAAGUUGGCAGCAGCGGCGUUUCAGAUGGAAGCAGUGAACACCAAGAAAAGCGAGGCGGAGAAGCGGAAGGAGGUGAUCCUGAAGGAGAUUGAGGAGAUUAAGGAGGCCACAGAGUUCGCCCUAAAGCAAGCAGAGAUGGCUGAGGCGGCGAAGAAGGCCAUAGAGGGUGAGCUUACGAAACGGCGUCAACAAGAGCAAGGCAACUAAUGAAUUUUCUGUUUCAGGCCGAAACAAUUCCCACAACGGAGAAGGAAGAAAAAAAAUUUGCAUUCCACGGUCGAGUUUGAGUUCAAAUGAUCAUUAAGCUGUCAUGUGAAGGAAGCUAUGAAUGUCUCUUGAGAAAACUCAUUUUGUGCAAAUACGACUGAUAAUUCUUCACAUUGA